AUGAUUGGUCAAUAUCCUUAUCAAUUUUUACUGGAACAAACAAUGAUAGCCGAUGAAGUUAUUUCCAAGUAUCAUGCAAUUCAGCAAGAUUGUAAGCAGAAUAAUCUUAAGUUUGUUGAUAAAGAUUUUGAUAACUCACUACCUUCAGGAGAUGUUUUCAAUGAUGGGAAUUCAUCAGGUUCUAUAAAGCUUGAGUACUUAGAAAACGUAUACAAUCCUGAUUUUUUAUCAAAUAUUUCUUCAGAUAGUAUUUUUCAAGGAAAUUACCAAGAUUGUUUUCUUAUUUCUAUUUUAUUACACCUUUCAAAGCAUCCAGAUAUGAUUAAAUCUAUUUUUGUUGAUCCAGACAUUUCUACUGGCUGCUGUUGCUUGAAAUUCUCUUUUAUUGGCAAACCAUACUAUGUAAUAAUUGAUACAACUGUUCCUUUUGUGGACAAUUGUCCUAAAUUUGCGCAUCCAAGAUCGAAAUCCGAUUCAAUUUGGUUUUGCUUAGUUGAGAAAGCUUAUGCAAAGCUCGCUGGCGGAUGGAAAAAGGUAGGCGGAAAUCCAGCCGAUGCAAUGAAUAAUAUUUUUGGAAUUUAUAACCAAUUUCAAAAAUUAUCCGAGGUUAAGAAUAUUAUACCUCAUUUGGAUAGUAUUUUGAAAGAAACCGAGUUUGUUUUUCUUUCAACGUUCAAAACUCAAGUUCCAGAAAAACAUCAAUUAUUUUCGAAUCACAGCUAUGCAUUGUUAUCAAUAGAAGUAGUCAAUGGAUCUAAAUACAUUCAUUUGCAAGAUCCACAUGGAAUUGGCGCUACAGAAAGUAAAAAUAAGAAAAUGAUAAUUUCCGACAAAAAUGGCCAUUUAUUAGUUCAUGAAUCUUUAAUCUCUACUUGUUUUGAAAGUUUGUCAUAUGGAAUAUUUACUCCUAAUGGAUGGUCUUCGAAGUCAUUUGAGUUUGAUAUCGAACCAGGAGAAAAUGACGGAAGAUUCUUUUCUGGAAAUGGUCCUUAUGUCGGUCCUUUACCUCAAUGGACAGCUACAUUCCACAAAAAGAACUGUUUAUUCAGAUUAUAUUGUAUUGCUUCUUCAAAAUCGAAUAAUGUUCUUGGAUUCUGCAUGUGCCAAAAUUGUGGAACUAAAGUCAGUUAUAAACCUUUGGAACAAGUUGAAUUUAAGUACGCAAUGAACGGAUCUUCCAUAAUUCAACAGAAUAAAGCAUCCGUACCUGAUAAACCUUAUACAAUUUGUAUAUCAAGGAAAGUUCCUGAAAAGAAUCCAGUUCAUAUUUAUUGCAGAAUUGAAUGCGAAACUGAAUUUGACUUGAAUCCAAUAAAAGAACUGGAUCUAAACAUGAUGAAAUCUGCUGUAAUACAUCAUCAUCUUCCAAAGACAUCAAGAAACUCUCCACAAUGGUAUAUAAAUGUCAACAAAAGCGGAAGAAUAAUAUUUAAGAUUAAAAAGACAGCAAAAACUGGAUCUUACACAAUAUUCUUCGCAACACAAACGUCAAAAGGUCGUUGUUCACUUUCCGGACCAUUUUCUCAUACUUAUCCGAUCAGUUCUGAAAAUGGCGAUGAUUUUUAUGAUAUUGAUAGUACUAAAGUCAAUAUAAUAGGUAUAGGCGUAUCAACAAGCAAAAAGGAAAUGAUAGAUGUUGAUUUUACCAUUGAACUUUAUUUUGAUGGAGAAAUUUCAGUUGAAAAAAUCCCGGAUGAGAACAAAUCCACGCUUAUGUCUGCUGCAGGGACAAUUGUAUCCGGAUCAUUAAAGACAAAAGCAAAAGCAACUCCGAAAAUUCCUCCAAAAGUUUCAAAUCAUGCAGCAAAACCUCAGAAGAAAGCAGUUCAGCAUAAAACUACAGCUAAAAAGAAAGUAUCAGAAGGACCACCCAAUUUCGAUGGAGUUGGUUUAGCAGGAAUGUAUAAAAUGAUGGAAGAUUUAUGA